UUAACCAGCCAUAGGAAGAGAAAAACAUGAAGCUUCUUUUUUUCUUCCCUAGUUGAUAAGUUGAAGCAGAAUCAUCAUGAAUCAGUAUCAGUAGUAAAACAAAAAACAUAAUCAUGGAAAGUAAUAAACAACUUGAAGAUGGAGAAAAACCACUCCUCAACAAUUCAACUUCUUCUCACUCUCACAAACCAUCUCUCAUUCUCAAUCUCAUCUCCGCCAUGUCUCUCAUCACCGCCAUCACCUUCGCCCUUCUCUUCUUCUCCCUCUCCCCAUCCAAAUCCACCACCUCAACCGCCCGUCCCCUCCGCAAACUCCCCCACCCCGUCGUCAUCCUCAUUUCCUCCGACGGCUUCCGUUUCGGCUACCAAUUCAAAACCCUAACCCCAAACAUCCACCGUCUCAUCCACAACGGCACCGAAGCUCAAACCGGCCUCAUCCCCGUUUUCCCAACCCUAACUUUCCCCAAUCAUUACUCCAUCGUCACUGGCCUCUACCCUCCCCACCACGGCAUCAUCAACAAUUUCUUCACCGAUCCAAUCACCGGCGAUAAAUUCACCAUGGCAAGUCACGAAUCUAAAUGGUGGUUGGGUCAACCUCUUUGGGAAACCCUCGCUAACCACGGUUUAACCGCCGCUACUUACUUUUGGCCUGGCUCUGAGGUAAUCAAAGGCUUGUGGACUUGUCCUGAUAGAUUUUGUAAACAUUAUAAUGGUUCUGUUGAUUUUGAAGAUAGAGUUGAUACUGUUUUGGGGUAUUUUGAUUUGCCACUUGAUCAAAUUCCUGUUUUUAUGACUCUUUAUUUUGAGGACCCUGAUCAUCAAGGUCAUCAAGUUGGACCGGACGAUGACGAGGUUACGGAUGCUGUUUCUAGAAUUGAUUCUAUUAUUGGGAGGCUUAUUAAUGGGUUGGAACAAAAAGGAUUUUUUGAAGAUGUUACUAUUAUUAUGGUUGGUGAUCAUGGUAUGGUUGGUACUUGUGAUCAAAAGCUUGUUUUUUUAGAUGAUUUAGCUCCUUGGGUUAAGAUUCAACAGAGUUGGGUUCAUUCGUACUCGCCGUUGCUUGCGAUUUGGCCGACGGGUAAUUAUUCGGCGGGAGAUGUCGUGGUUAAGAUUAAUGAAGGGUUGAGUUCAGGGAAAGUUGAAAAUGGGAACAAGUUGAAGGUGUUUUUGAAGGAAGAUUUGCCUCAACGGCUUCAUUAUGCGGAGAGUGAUAGGAUUCCGCCGAUUAUUGGAUUGGUUCAUGAGGGUUAUAAAGUGGAGCAGAGUAGGACGGGGAAGAAAGAGUGUGGUGGUGCUCAUGGUUAUGAUAACGCCUAUUUCUCCAUGAGGACUAUUUUUGUCGGGCAUGGUCCUCAAUUUGCAAGAGGGAAGAAGAUACCUUCCUUUGAGAAUGUUGAGAUUUAUAACUUGAUUACUUCUAUACUCAACAUAAAGGGUGCACCUAAUAACGGGUCUGAUGCGUUUCCAAAGUCUGUUCUUCUACCAAAUGCUUAAUAUGAGACUCAAAUUCUGGUGGUUCUGAGCUGCUUAUUCUUGACAGUAUGUUCCUUAUUCUCUAUAAGUGUACUGAUGCUCAGAACUGUGAAACAUGAUUGAGGAGAUGUUGUAAGAAGAAAAGGUAUCAUAUCAUAUACCUGGAUUCUUUUAGUUCUAGCCUCUAGGAUUCAUUAAACUACUUUCAGUAUAAAUUUGCUUUAACAUUUUGUAUCCGUUGAUGGAUAAAGAAUAGGUGUCAUGUACAUGUAUUCUUUUAGGAUUAUGUCUUGAAUCAUCUGUGCUGUAUUAGGCCUUGCCUUUUGGUAGGAAGCAAAUGAUACAUGAAUUGUAAACUUGUAUUUACAGAGUGUUAUUGUUUGGUUCAAUAAUUUUCAGUCUAGUUUUCA